GGCAGGAAGUCGCUUCUCCUUUUGCGACAAGAGCCGUACGUGAGGUCGUAGUUCCUCGAAGUUUUCGCGACGGAGUGCCUUUCUUUCCAUGUGUUUCAAAUCCCUUUUCGGGUAAGCGUAAUCUAAACAGACUCAGCGGCAAGGUUGCAGCUGACCGACUGAUUUCUGUGAAGAAAAUAGCCUUCCAACCGUGCUCGCCUUCCAUGCAUCUCAUGUUAGUAGUUAAAAAACCGAGUGGAUGUCUAGCAAAGGUAUAGAGCAGCAUCAGCUGACACCCCCACAUGGAGAUUUUGUCAUGGAUGAUCAAGAGGGAGGAGAGGGAACUGUGGCAGAGAAGAAGGACGGGGAAGAUGCGGUGCAUUUGGGUCACAAUGUCACCGAAAAGGCUGGGUCGGAGACCAAGGAAGUAGAAAGUGAUGCUCAGCUGGAUCUACCCCAUGAAACUGGCAGCAAAAAGGUUGUUCCUGGCAUUAUUUACCUUGGUCACAUCCCACCCCGCUUCCGGCCCCGGCAUGUUCGUAACCUGCUGAGUGUCUAUGGUGAAGUGGGACGUAUUUUCCUGCAGCCUGAAGAACGAUAUAUACGAAAGAAAAAGAAGAAGGCUGGAAGUAAUGCCAAAAACUUCACUGAAGGCUGGGUUGAAUUCCGGGAUAAGCGUGUAGCAAAGUUGGUUGCUACCAGUUUGCACAACACACCCAUGGGUGUGCGCAGGAAAAGCAAAUUCCACUAUGAUCUCUGGAAUAUGAAGUACUUGCACCGUUUCAAAUGGACUCACCUGAGUGAACGUCUUGCUUAUGAACGGCAAGUCCGGCAGCAGCGCAUGCGUGCUGAAGUUUCGCAGGCCAAACGUGAGACUAAUUUCUACCUGCAGAAUGUGGAGAAGAGCAAGCGCUUCUCACAGAGGAGCCGUCAGGGAGAACAGGAAGAAAAGAGCUGGGGCUUUGUCCAGCGUCGUACUGAGGAUGAAAUCCAGACCAGCAAAGGGAAGAAACGUCUGAAGCAGCAGCUGGCCCGGGCUGCAGAGAUACAGCAGAAAUCCCUAUCAAACAGUUCCUUGUUGACCAAGAUCUUCAAUGUCCAGCAGUAGUGGUGGACCCCGUUGGGAUACAGGAUUCACUCGCUGUCUUGGACCAGGAGGUGGCAGCCAGGCUGUUGACAAGCCUAUCAGACAAAAGUGUAUCAUCAGACUUAAAGGAAGAGAAGUAAUUAAUGUUAUAUCAGCAGAUAUGGAUGUG